AUGAGCUCUCAAGUAGUAAAAAAAGGUUACAUUUCGGUGAAGGAAGAUGGGCUAAGGGCGUGGAUUUGGUCAAAAAGAUGGAUGCAACUCAGAGAACAGACACUCACGUUCCAUCGCAAUGAGAAUACAUAUCAAGCAAUAGCUUUAGUUUUUUUGAAAGAAAUUACAAGUGUCCAACGUACAGAUUUAAAACCUUAUUGUUUAGAAAUUCAAACCAAAGAUAAAACGUAUUAUUUAUCAUGCAAAAAUGACGAAGAAUUGUAUUCAUGGAUGGAUGAAAUUUAUUCGAGAUCACCACUUAGUGGGGUAUCUAAUCCUACGAAUUUCGUACAUAAUGUACAUGUAGGGUUUGAUCCCGUUAGUGGAGCAUUUACGGGACUCCCAGAACAAUGGACAAAACUUUUGACUGCAUCGGCUAUAACGAAGGAAGAUUAUGCAAAGAAUCCACAGGCCGUUUUGGAUGUUUUAGAAUUCUACACUGAAAAUCAAAAACGUGAGCGUGAAGAAUUUGGCGAUAGUGGUUUUUUAGGACAAAUACCCGGAUUUCCGAACAGUUCUGAUGAUAAAUGGGCAGAUUUAUUGCCUAAAAAUAAUAAUUCGCAGAAUAAUCAGCAGCAGAUGUCGCUAAACAAUGACAAUUCAAAUGGAUAUGAUAUGUCAAAAAUAUCGCCGAAUCACCAUCCUGGGAAUGGUGGUAUGAAUGGAGGCGCGAAACAAAUGGAUCAAAAGACAUCUAACAAAAAUAAUAUGAAAAUAGAUACUGCGGAUCCUAUGCAAAAACUGUAUUAUGAUGAUACACGCCCAGAUACACCACCCACUCGACCACCAAUUACGCCCAGACCGCCACAUACGCUCAGUCAGCAACAGAAUCAAGUUACUCCUGUGUCCCCAAUUUCGCCACAACCACAACCUCUAGCCCAGCCUCCUAAACAAGUUGCAAAUCCAAAUAAACCAUCACCUAAUGCACAGCCAUCUGCAAAAAAAGCCGCUGCUGCUGAACGCAGAAUCAGCACAAUGACGGAAGCACAAAUCAUGGAAAAAUUACGAUCUGUAGUCUCGUCAGGUGACCCUACAACUUUAUACAGUAAAAUUAAGAAGGUUGGACAAGGAGCGUCUGGUUCAGUUUAUGUCGCCAAAUCUCAUAGCAAUAAUGCGAAAGUUGCUAUAAAACAAAUGGAUCUUUCUCAUCAGCCUCGAAAAGAAUUGAUUGUUAAUGAAAUUUUGGUAAUGAAAGAAUCUCAGCACCCAAAUAUUGUAAAUUAUUUAGAUUCAUUUUUAGUCAAACAAAGUGAAUUAUGGGUAGUAAUGGAAUAUAUGGAGGGUGGUGCUUUAACCGAUGUUAUUGAUAAUAAUUCAUUAGAGGAAGACCAAAUUGCUGCCAUUUGUUUUGAGACAUGUAAAGGUCUUCAACAUCUUCACGGUCAAAAUAUCAUCCAUCGUGAUAUAAAAAGUGAUAAUGUUUUAUUGGAUGCUUAUGGCCACGUCAAAAUUACCGAUUUUGGUUUUUGCGCCAAACUUACAGACCAAAAAAAUAAACGAGCAACCAUGGUUGGUACUCCAUAUUGGAUGGCACCUGAAGUCGUCAAACAAAAAGAAUACGGGGCUAAAGUUGACAUUUGGUCACUUGGUAUAAUGGCAAUUGAAAUGAUAGAGAAUGAGCCACCGUACUUGGAUGAGGAACCACUAAAAGCAUUAUACUUGAUUGCUACAAAUGGAACUCCAACAUUGAAAAGACCGGAAAAAUUAUCUCGAGAUCUUAAAAGCUUUUUGGCUGUAUGUUUAUGCGUAGAUGUUAAAAGUAGAGCAACUGCCUUGGAACUUUUAGAUCACGAGUUUCUCAAAAAAUCGUGCCCACUUACGGACUUGGCACCUUUGCUAAAAUUCAAAACCGCAAAAGAUGGCAGAGCGUAA